CUGCUGUUUGUCUUUACCACGUCCUCACGCUUCAGGCGGCCGUAGCAAGGGACUAACAGCCAAACUAUGAUGUGAGCCAACUUUACCCGAGUCUAUCUCUGCAAUUCGUAUGCGUUAGUACAUUAUUAUAUUGUGUACACGUCUUUAUAGAACGUUUUUAGUUGGAAAAGAGUAUUUUUCAUGCGGAUUUUGAAAGCACAACGAAGAAGAGUGAUUUUUUCCCUCCUCGUCGCGUGUUGCUAGGACAGUGGUGGGACUUGUACUGAACAGAAAAAUAUAAUUUUGGGGCCUAGUCUGAAGGUCGCACAAUGCUGCCCAGUCUUAUAACCCUGGCCUGUGGUCUAUGCUGCUUCGCAUCAGUGUCUGCAAAUGUUCUGAAAGCUGAGGCUUGGCUGCAGCAGUAUGGCUACCUGCCCCCAGGCGAUAUUAGGGCUCAGGCGAUCCGGUCUCCUAAAUCUGUGGCGGCAGCAAUAUCAGCUAUGCAAAGGUUUUACGGAUUAACAGUGACAGGAAGCAUAGAUGCCAAUACAAUACAAGCAAUGAGCCGACCUAGAUGUGGUGUACCAGACAAGUUUGGCCCAGAAUUGAAAACAAACCUGAGGAGAAAGAGAUAUGCUGUACAGGGGCUAAAGUGGGACAAAUCAGAAAUCACUUUCAGCAUACAGAACUACACUCCCAAAGUUGGUGAACGAGCCACAUACGAAGCCAUCCGAAAAGCCUUCAAAGUUUGGGAGAGUGCCAUCCCUCUCACCUUCAGGGAGAUCCCCUACAGCCAGAUCAGAGACAAGGUGGACAAGUUCGCCGACAUCAUGCUGUCCUUUUCUGAGGGUUUCCAUGGUGACAGCACGCCUUUUGAUGGAGAGGGGGGCUUCCUGGCUCACGCAUACUUUCCUGGUAAUGGCAUUGGCGGUGACACACACUUUGACCUUGCAGAGCCCUGGACCACUGGAAAUGUCGACCAGGGAGGUAAUGAUGUUUUCCUGGUGGCUGUCCAUGAGUUAGGUCACGCUCUUGGCUUAGAGCACUCCAACAACCCCUCGGCCAUCAUGGCGCCCUUUUACCAGUGGUUUGAGACAGAAAAUUUCCAGCUUCCUGAUGAUGACCGCAGAGGCAUCCAAGCAAUCUAUGGUACUAAAUCGGGGGCUCCUCCUCCACCACCCCGUCCCACAAAAGCAACCAAUCCCAGUAAACCAGACAACGGUCCUGACAUUUGCGAGGGGCAUUUUGACACCAUCGCUGUCUUAAGAGGAGAGAAGUUUGUGUUUAAGGAUAAAUGGUUUUGGCGUGUUCGCAACAAUAAAGUCCUAUCAGGAUACCCCAUGCCCAUUGGCCACUUCUGGAAAGGACUGCCCUCGGGAAUCAACGCUGCCUUUGAGAGAGACGAUGGAAAAUUUGUCUUCUUCAAGGGUGAUAAAUACUGGGUCUACAGUGAGUCUGCUAUGGAUAAGGAGUCUCCCAAAAGCCUUAGGGACAUGGGGACUGGUCUGCCCAAAGACAAGAUUGAUGCUGCAUUAUUCUACACACCAACAGGACAGACAUUCUUCUUCAGAGCAAACAAAUACUACCGUUUCAAUGAGCAGACUCGCUCUGUGGACCAUGGUUAUCCUAAGGCUAUCAGCACAUGGAGUGGAGCACCAGACAAUAUCAAAGCAGCUAUCAUGAGUGAAGAUGGAUCUUACACCUAUUUCUACAAAGCAAAUAAAUACUGGAAGUUCAACAACCAAUACAUGAAGGUGGAGUCUGGUUACCCCAAAUCGGUGCUCAGUGACUGGAUGGGCUGUGACAGCGAGGAUCCACGACAGGGCAGAGAAGAGGAAGUGAUCAUUAUAGAGGUGGACGAAUCACAAGGGUGGGCAGGGCCGGUGGCGGUGGUCAUCCCUCUUUUCCUGUUGGUGCUGGUAGUGAUCACCCUGGGAGCGCUGUUGUUCUUCAGAAAGUAUGGCACGCCAAGACGCCUGCUUUACUGCCAGAGGUCUCUCCUGGACAAAGUGUAGAGAAAUAUAGUGAAUUUUAUGAACGAGUGACUGCAGAAGGAUGGACUAGAUGACAAGUUGGAAGGCGACAGGAACCCGAGUAGAAAUGAGAGACUGAAGAACUGGGGAUGAAUGUUUUAAGAUUUGGUGGUUUGUAUAUGCCACAAAAGUGCAAAAAGCCCAAGGAACUGAAUCAGGAAAAUGUGUAUUUGUAUGUUGAAUAUUUACAUUCUGUUUGGAUGCUACUUCAUCAAUCACCUCUGUCAUGAACUAGGUUUUAAAUGUUUAACUGGACGACUCCAGCUGAACUGCUGAUAAAUUUGACAAAAUGUAUUUCCUUUUAGCAUUUUAUUUGGAAAUCUCACACACUGCCAUGACACUAUGGCCUGAAAAUAAAGUUUUAUAUGGUUGUAUUUUCUACCACUAUGUAAGGUCAGUUUUUAAAGCAACCAAUUUUCACAAUUGUUAGCGCAUAUAAUUGUAACAUUUAGCACAACAGCUACAUGCAAAUAAUACAAAACUGAUCUGUGAAAAAAAACAUUGUUAUAUUCUGUGUGAUAUCUGUACAUUACAACAGAAUGCACAAAAAAAUUAACUCUUUUGAGUGUAAGCAGUCAGAUGGAAAAAUAUCUUCUGAAACUUGAUGUUUUGGAUUGUAAAAGUUAAUUUUAUGAUGUGUGAAAAAGCGGUACUGAUUUCCAACAAUAGUGCAAUCUUUUGGGACACUUUAUUAUUAUAAGUAUGGUUAUUGUUAUUAUUGUUCUCCUGUAAAGUUUGUUUGUGUACAUUGUCAUUGGGAGUCCUGCUGGACAGAGGCAUAAAGUGACAAUGGUGAAAUGGAUCUCAGUUUACAUUUCAUUAAUUUGAUCUAAUCAGUGAAAAAGCACAUCUUCACACAAUAAUAAUACUAUUUAUGAACUCUGAACACAGAUGGUGCUCAGUGCUUUUUGUAGUUUUUACACAAAUUCUGUUGAAAGUGAUUUUAACAAUGAUAAUGGUAAUGAUAUUUAUAAUGAUGAUCAACAAAAUGCAAUGGAAAUCUAUUUUCACUUUUGUAUUUCACCUAAUAAAGUGAAAUUAAUUUUUUUCUACAAACACA